UUUGCCCCGAUCGAGAGGUACUCUUACACGCGGCGGAAGUGAGACGCGGUCAAUCGGAAGGAACGUCCGGUUGCCGUCCUUGUUGAGAACGGAGAUCGGAGCAAUCUCUGAGACCGCGCGCUCGACUGCACAUACAGGAUAAUUUUUCACUUGCGAGCAGAGUGAAGAUAUGAAUCUUCGAUACGGAACACGGCGGUAUUAUCAAUGACAUAGAUAAAUGAAACUCUAAUGGCUCCUCGUAUCCAAUCGUUAUGCUUGAAGAAAUCAGGAACUACGUAAUUAAAACACGACUGCACAACGAUUGCUGAUAUCGCACAAUCGGAAGCGGGUUUUAAGAUACGCAUAACUUUUGUUGAAAUUUCACUAAUUUCAAUCAUGCAGAAAGGAAUUGUUCUACUGAUUCUUCAUGUCUUCUGCGAUGUUGCAUUGACGGAGCAGUGUGGAAAAGUGUGGGUCACGGUCUCCUCUUUGUGGAGACCAAUUGCUGCCUGCGACAAAGUGGUCGAUGCUGAAUUAGAAGUAAAUUGGGAAUUCGAUUGUCCGGAGGACGUGUAUCCAGAUGCCCAGAUCAAGGUUUUCACUGCCGACCCAUUAGCACAUAACAUAAUGAUAAAGCCUGAACUGAUCUUGACUUCCUUGCAAUAUCCCCGAGGAUAUUAUAGGACAAAUAUUACAGUCGGUCGCCCACGGCUACCAGGAGGAUGGGACACGAAAGAUGGAGCGACCCUUCCAGGAUCACAUUGUCUCGAUUAUUAUGCAAUCCUUUACGAAGACGGUUACGAGUUUUCUAUGUCUUGUUUGCAAAUUUGGCCGACUUGGAUGUACGAUCUGAGGAGAGAAAUCGGUAUGCUUCCUAUCAGCAGUUUGAUGAUACCUGGGACGCAUAAUUCCGGUUGUUACAAGCACGGCGAUCUGACGCGUCGAGACGCCUUUCAACGGUAUUUGCUAACUCAAGAUCGCGAUGUAUGGACGCAGUUGGUGCACGGCAUAAGAUAUUUGGAUAUCAGGGUUGGAUAUUACCCGUCGAUACCGAACGGCACUGCACUCGACGAGGAGAGCAAUAAUAUAAGUAGAUUCUGGGUUAAUCACGAUGUCAUUCGCAUCACACCUCUUUCAGAGAUCAUAAAAGACGUGAGGAACUUCCUGGACGCGGCGAGGGGUGAAGUUGUCAUCAUGGAUUUUCACAGAUUUCCCGUGGGCUUCGAAGGUAGACCAAACAGACAUCGGAAACUGAUAGCUAUUUUACAUCAAGAGUUCGAAAGCUUAAUUCUGAAGCCAGACAAAGGACUCGAAGGUCUGGGGCCAACAUUAAAUGACAUCUGGACCGGCGGACAGAGAUUAAUUAUAUGUUACGGCGACAAACAUAUAGUAAAUGAAUACGACUGGCUGUGGCCGCCCUUGACACAAGUAUGGGGCAAUCAACAAACCGUGGAGGGUUUGUUCGAGUACUUGGAUGAAGAGAUCAUGGGGUCAAAGAGACGCAGGAAUAGUCAAAAUCCAUUGUGGGCAGUAAUGGCGGAACUGACGCCAUUUCCGUUGGAUAUUUUCUUUAAUUUAUCUGGCGGACUUCGGCAGAUGGCCGAUUCUGUUAAUCGAAAUCUCACUGUCAAGUUUCAAGAGGAGUGGUGGAAGAAAACGAACAUCGUUGCCACAGACUUUUUUCUCGGAAACGAUCUGAUCUGGGUAUCGAGAAUGUCGAAUAUAAAGAAGAGCAAUAUCGCGCAAUGGCGUUAGUCUAUCUCAUAUGGAAUUAUAUUAACUAACGUUAAAGAUAUUUCCUGUUUUCUCUAAAUAAUGUUUUCCUGUUUUCUAACAAAUUUGUUUGCAAAGAACAAUUACUUUUACGUGAAAUUCUUAUAAAUUGUAUUAAUAUUAAAGAUAACACACGUUGAAGUGAAGUGACAUUAAUGUAUAAAAUAACUUGAUUGUACGACCUUUAACAUAAGAUACUGACUUAUUUAUUUAUCAUAUAAUGUUGCAACGGAAGUGCUUAAACAUAUUGAUACAAUUUGUUUGAAUACUUUUGGUUAGUAAAGAAUAUUAGUAACAAGUUGCUAGGCGUUACGAGGCGUUGGAUUCUUUAUAAAUAUCUGUACAAUAUAAACUUGAUCAAUUCUGCAAAUAAAAAUUUCAUAAUUUUUGUUUGAAUGUGCUCAAGUAGGAUGUAAUAAAUAUGUAGACACAAAGCAGCAAUUUGUUUAGCGGAAUUAAAUAUAAAUAGAGC